CUGCUACGCGCUGCCGCUCCGCCCGCCCCUACGCACCGCUUCGCCCGGCCGUAUCGCCGGCCGACACCGCUCCGCCCCCCUCGCUUGCCGACACCGCUCCUCCCUCCUCCACGACGAGCUCGGCCGGCGCCGAUCCUCCCUGCUCCACGCGGAGCUCCGCCAGCGCCGAUCCUCCCUGCUCCGCGCGGAGCUCCGCCGGCGCCACGCCUCCCUCCUCCGCUCGGAUCUCGACGAGCUCGGGCAGCGCCGCCCCUCUUUCCUCCGCGCGGAGCCCGUCCUUGCCCCGCCCUCCCCUUCACGCUCACGGACGGAAGCCGACGCCGUCCAAGUGGGUCAGGGUGGUAAACUGGUAACUCGUAGCAGACACAAGUUGCAGUCCAACCCUCAUCUUUCUUCCUAAUCACCCCGCUUUUUUUUUCGAGCCCCCAAACGACCAAACUUCCCCCUGUUCCGCCGUCCCGCGAGAAGAACCCGCACCUCUCCCGCCGGCGGCGAAUCGACGCCUCCGACUUGGUCCCAUCUCCUCCAUCGCAGCAGCGUAGCGAGCCCACCACGAUUCUCCCACUUCCUUCCUCUAUCCGAGGCCCUUUACUCUUGUUCGUACCCCGCAACUGUCUGGGCUCUCCUGGAUUGACUUCUUUUGCCGGUAACGAGGCCUUCCUUGCUUAGGCUGGGUUGCUUUGUUUAGUGAAUUUUCUGUUCCUGGAUCUUCUCGUUGCUGUGUGCAAUCAAACCCGACGAUUUCUUGCUUGGCAUGGAUAUUCCGGGCCAUCCAGAUCCAGUUUGCUGCUGUGAUGCAACUUGGCUGAGGGAGCUAGAGACGCAUUGUGAAUUUGUGUUAGGUUGCUGUUCUGCGGCCGUUUUCAUUGUGCAUGUUGACUUAACUGGAGCACACCAUUUCGUUGGGAACAUAAAUUUCAAUGCUUAUAAGUUAUAAGCAUGAUUUUGUUAUUUCAGGAGCUUAUCCAACAAGGCAACAACACGACUGCAUGAGAUUCGUUCUUUGUUCAGUUACACGAUUAUAUGUUGGGAAAAGCCUCCAUAGAUGGCUGGCCGCCUCAAAAUUCAUGUGCAAGCUUGUUAUGUCAAGCAAAACUAAGAAUUGAGAUAUACUUUGUUGUAUUCUACUGUAAAAAAGAAAAAGAUGUACUUCAUCCGUUACUGAUUGAUGAUGAUAGCUGCAUGUUUGAUUCACACUGUAUCCAGAUCCAGUUUGUCUGAUGAAAUUCCAAAUUAUGAUUGCAAUUUCAUCGGAUUUAAGCAACUCUUUGUCAGUGAUUUCCGCAAGACUUGUCCUUUUAGGUUAGGUGGACCAGUUAUGUUGUCUGAAAUUGUUCAUUGUUGUAUGUGAAAACAUUGCGUAGCCACUAUACCCUUUUUCUGCUAUCCUGAGAACUAUGAUGAUUCUUCAUGGAGCAUAUACCUGACUUUGUUAUCAUUUCUGCUAGUGCUAUUAACCUUGGAUACAUAAAUGGAAGGGCGCCCCUCAAAAAAAAUAUCAGCUGCUGAAGCUGUCCUGGUGGGAGCAUUGUCAUCCGGUGUUAAUGCUCCCACGUGGUCUGUGCUGAAGAUCACAUUUUUGCUCCUGGCCUUAUGUUUUACUGCAAUGCUUGCUCUAGCAUUUUCGUCGAAAAACUUUGUGAUCGUUGGGCAUGUUUUUCUGCUCAUAACUAUUGGCAUGGUGCUAUUUGUGCUGCUUAAUAGGUUUCUGGCAGAAGUUGGGCUUGUGCCUGUUGAACAACAGAUGCAGGAGAUGGGCAUCCACAAAACAGAAGCCACAGAUAAAGAGAAAAGAAAGUAACCGGUGACAGACUAUUGUUGAUAUGAGAAACAGCUUAACACCUUACAUUACAUCAUUUGACAGAGUGCCAUUUGCCAUUCAGCUCCGAUGAUAGCUUUCAGUUCAGCAUUCAGACAAUACAAUUUUGCACAGACGAUCCUACCUCUUUGGACAUACUUCUAAAUGCAACCCUAUUCCUAUCCUGAAGUGAAAUGGAUCAUGGAUGUAGCAGCGCACAUCAAGCCUGCUUUUGCUCUUCCUUGGGUUUGCUCUUCUUCUUAAUGUAGCAGAAGCAUGAGCAGCAGGGGAACUGAAACAAGAACUUCAUUUAUCAGAGAAAUCACGCAUACUUUGUUUGGAGAAAUGUUGUGUGGAAGGGAUUUGCAUGCAAUGCAACCCUUAAAUAUACUAAAUGUGUUGCCUUGCUUAUCCAUCUGACAUUAGAAUUUGUGGCCAACUGUUUUCGGCCUGAAGCUUUUAACCUCCUCUGAUACUUUCUUUUGUUUGUGAUCUUUAUGUAAUCUCAUCAUGUUUGACUGUUAUUUAGCAGAGGAGAUUUUCACUGCAAGUAAUUAUCAUUCCUUUGGCUGAUUCUUGUAUUAAA